AUGGGCCGUAGCGAUGAUAUUGAGAAAAAUACCGUCUCGAACAAGGAGCCUACGCCGUCGCCAGCCUACAGCCGCCGCUAUGGAGGGGAACCGAUUUACGAGGAGAGGACAGAAAUCCAACCCAGCCUUACGCAGCGAUUCUUUGACAGCUUCAAAAGGGACCCGAACCUCACCGUUACGCCGAAAGGGGCAAUUGGCGCAGACGGACGGGUAUUCAAUCAUGAAAAUGCGGCCGCCGCAACUGCCAACUCGCCUUUGGCCCGACGGCUUAAGAGUAGACAUCUUCAGAUGAUUGCCAUUGGAGGAUCCAUUGGCAGUGGUCUUUUCGUCGCAUCUGGACAAUCCCUAUCACAGGGUGGCCCUGCGUCGUUGCUCAUAUGCUUCAGCCUCAUUGGGAUGAUGUUAUACUGCACGGUACAUGCUCUUGGCGAAUUAGCCGUGCUGUUUCCUGUUGCUGGUUCAUUCUCAGCGUACUCUACGCGAUUUAUAGACCCCGCAUGGGGCUUUGCUAUGGGCUGGAAUUAUGCUAUGCAGUGGUUGGUUGUUCUACCAAUCGAGAUCAUGUCGGCAUCUAUCACUAUCGAUUAUUGGGACACUACUAGAAGAUACGACCAUGCAAUCUUCGUGACGAUAUUCCUCAUAGUCAUUAUCUCCAUCAACCUGUUUGGUAUCAAGGGAUACGGCGAGGCCGAAUUCUGCUUUUCACUUGUCAAGGUUGUUGCUGUUAUCGGAUAUAUUAUCCUUGGUAUAAUAUUGAAUUGCGGAGGCGAUCCAGAUACCGGAUAUAUCGGUGGCAAGCUCUGGCACGAUCCUGGCGCCUUCCGCAACGGCUUUAAAGGGGUCUGUAGCGUGCUGGUCAAUGCUGCGUUUGCUUUCGGCGGUACGGAAUUAGUUGGUCUUGCAGCUGCUGAGACUGCAAACCCCAGAAAGUCUUUGCCGACAGCAGUCAAGCAGGUCUUCUGGCGCAUCACACUCUUCUAUAUUGUUUCACUUACCCUUGUUGGCCUCCUCGUCCCAUAUACCGACUCGCGUCUUCUGAACAGCGGCCAUCAUGAUACCUCCGCAUCCCCGUUUGUCAUCUCGAUCAAGAACGCGGGGAUCGAGGUACUGCCGUCUGUCAUGAACGUGGUGAUUCUUAUAUCCGUGUUAUCGGUUGGCAAUUCGUCAAUCUUCGGUUCGUCUAGAACGCUUGCGGCACUCGCAGAUCAGGGCCAGGCGCCAAAGAUCUUUGGCUAUAUCGACCGGAAAGGACGACCGCUUGUCUCUAUUGGCGUUGCUUCUGCUAUGGGUUUUAUCGCGUACGCUGCGGAUUCUCGCUCCGAAAACACUAUCUUCGCCUGGAUGCUUGCCAUAUCAGGGUUGUCUUCCAUCUUUACCUGGGGCACUAUCUGUCUCGCACAUAUCCGAUUCCGCCGGGCAUGGAAACUGCAAGGGCACAGUCUCGACGAGCUCGCCUUCCGAUCCCACCCUGGUGUAAUCGGGUCAUGGUUCGGCUUCAUCUUCAACUGCCUCGUCCUGAUGGCCCAGUUCUGGGUCGGUGCGUGGCCGAUUGGAUACGAGAACUUGACAGCGGCGGGACAAGUACGCAGUUUCUUCUUGCAAUAUCUGGCGGCUCCAAUUGUUCUUUCGUUCUACCUCGGGUUCAAGAUAUGGACCCGUGUUUCCUAUAUGCGCUGCAAGGACAUGGACCUGCAGACUGGCAGGAGGGAAUUGAACCUCCCCGAGCUACUUGCGGAAGAGAGGGCCCAGCGUGCUGCUUGGCCGAAAUGGAAGAAGGCCUACAAGAGGGUUUGCUGA